CUGGGCCUAGGAAGCCAUUAAUGCGAGCGACGGGCAAGGGACGCGCUCUCACCUCGUCGGGGUGUCCAGGCUCUGUUCGAGCAUAUCCAUGAAGGAUGUACAGUUUCAUGGGCGGUGGCCUCUUCUGUGCCAUUGUGGGGAACAUCAUGCUGGUGGUCUCCACGGCGACGGACUACUGGAUGCAGUACCACCUGUCGGGUAGCAACGCGCACCAGGGCCUCUGGAGGUACUGCAUGGGCCACAAGUGCUACUGGCAGACGGACAGCAUAGCUUACUGGAAUGCCACGAGGGCCUUCAUGAUCCUGUCUGGCAUGGCGUGCUUCGCGGGCAUCCUGGCUGGCAUCUUCUCAUUCGCCCACUUCUCCGCCUUUGAGAGGUUCAAUCGCUCCUUUGCUGCAGGGCUCAUGUUCUUCGUAUCGACCUUCUUUGUGUUCCUGGCCAUGGCUAUCUACACGGGCAUCACGGUGAACUUCCUGGGCAAGCGCUUCGGAGACUGGCGUUUCUCCUGGUCCUACAUACUAGGCUGGGUGGCCAUGCUCAUGACCUUCUUUGCAGGAAUCUUCUACAUGUGUGCCUACAGAAUGCACGAGUGUCGCAGAGUGGCAAGUCCUCGCUGAAGACACCCGAAGAAGAAGGAGAAGAACAGGAAGAAGAAACGGAAGAAAAAGAAGUAAGGGGGACGUUUUUAAGGAACAGACGAAAGAGAAAACUUUUAUCAUCCAGCAAGCAAGGAUUUUUCAGUGCCACAUCAAAGCAAUUGCAAGUGCUAUGAUAGGCGGCAGACGAAUGGACAGUUUUAUACCUAACAUGAUGACAGUUCUUCAUUUAACCUCAGUAUGUUAU